CUUGCAAUCUCGAAUGCGCUCGCCCAAAAGAAUCAGCGGCUCAUCACGCAGUCAACUCCUCAAACACCAUCUACGCGCCACUUGAUCCAUGACUGACGGCUGAAUCUCUCCACAUUUUGGUCACUCCCUGAGGAGGCAGCCUCUUGGUCAAAUUGUACAAGUUGAGAAGUCGGCGCUCGCACAUUCAAUCGAGAUCAACAACUAAGCAACCUGAUACACCGCCUGCGAGUCCUUUGACUGCGCCGUGUCGUGAUACUACCACCAUCCAGCUCGCUUCUAGUCGGCCAUCGCGGCGCAAAACUGCAGCACGUCUGACCAAGGUCCUCUAGAGCGCUCUGGAUCUCGAGACAGACUAUUCACAGGCUCUUCUCGACUUCCCUUCAUCGCCCACGCCAGCUGGGAAGUAUCGAAGAUGACCGCAGUGACUCUGGAUCCCGCCGUUGCUCAAGCGGUGCAUUUGCUCUACCCUCACAACGCUUUUGAGUUCGAACAGUACCUGUCAUCUGGUCCAUCCGGACUCAAGCUUGCUACCGAUGAUCAGCUCUGUCGAGCGCACGUCGCACACUUGACAGCUGGCGCGCCACCAUGUCCUCUAGGCCCAAGCUGCCCCCUCCGCCACACAGCUCCAGGUUCGCAAAAUUUCAGACCACCAGCUCGAGACCCCCAUAAAAGGACAGUAUGCAAGCAUUGGCUUAGAGGCUUAUGCAAAAAGGGAGAUCAGUGCGACUAUCUGCACGAGUACGACAUGAGGAGGAUGCCCGAAUGCAGAUUCUUUGCUACCUUUGGAUUUUGCAACAGUGCGGAUGAGUGUUUGUAUUUGCAUGUGGACCCCAAGAGCAAGAUCAGAAGCUGCGAGUGGUACGAGCGUGGGUUUUGUCCCAAGGGUCCUGACUGUCUAAAGAAGCACAUCAGACGGCCAGCAUGUCCCCUGUAUCUGACCGGCUUCUGUCCCAAGGGCAAAGAAUGCAAGCAGGGUCAUCCCAAGACGACGCUGCCAUCCGCUGAGUCCAGGCGCUCAUCGCCGGUGACUACUCACCGGCCCAUGACGCUUGAAGAAGCGUUUGGCGACAGAGGAAGAGGCAGGGAUGGGGACGAUGAUGACAUGGCACAACGCAGGAGUAGGCCUUCCGAUAGAAGCGGAGGAGGAAGGACUGGUCUGAUACCGCGAGAAGGGCAGGGAGCUAGAAGGUAUGCCAACAACGCACCCCAACAGGGCCAGCAGCCCGGCCCACCACCAGGCGGAUUCAAGAGGGAGCUAAGUGAGGUCUUGUGCUUUAAGUGCAACGAGUAUGGGCACUUCGCCAACAUGUGUCCUAAUGCAGCGGUGCCAGGUCAACGAGGAGGCAUCGAGAGGGCAUCUGGUGGCAGGAACAAGGAGUACGGCAGCGGACGGGGUGCGCCGUACUAGGCUACUGAAUGUUUUGAGCCGUCCAAGCUCGACCAGCUAUCCCUACCGCAUCUUUACAUCCCGUCAAUCAUUUAUCUGCACCAGUCACGUUUGGGACAAGACAAGAGCCGAAAAGGCUGUCUUGGGCUGAUAUCGGCGUGCUUACCAGCAUCAGAGCUUGGACAACAUUCCGCCCACCUGUGUCUCUUCGAGACCACCUCAGGCGAGGUGAUCGCUCGGAAGAAGUCCAGGACCAACGAUCGCCAUGGACUGCUUUAAGGAUCGAGAGGACAACGUCAAGUACCUUCGUCAUUGCGCAUUAGUCAUGAAUUGGACGCAAGUAGGCUGCAGCGGGAUUGCGCCGCUAAACUAUUGUUUCAUACGCUCUUUGCUGGGCAGUUCGGGCUGUGCGGAUACAAUGCAAUGGUCUGAGCGC